UCCAAACGGUAACUUCUCGUACCAUUACAGUGCACAUACAAACCUACACGAGAAACGGGAGCGGCUCACUGUCUCGCUUCACCUUUAACAAAUGUUUCAUUGGAUCAUUUUUUUAAUAUGAAUUGGACAUCGUCUUCUGGCGCCUCACCGGGGACUUUGGAUAUAAUUCCUUUUAGGGGAAAGUUUUUCAGUCCUCGCUGCUAAUGAGCUGGUUACGCGAGCCUUAGCUGGGAUUAGCCAAGUGAGCUAACUAACGAAUUCGAUGGAGGAGUAUUAUUAUGCAGUCCUGCCUGACACUCAAAAUUACCUGCAGCUAUGAGAAGAGGAGCUUGGAAGAACUGUCGCCUUUUUUCCCAAUCGGGAUUUAUCUUCAAAAAGCAACAUGGACGUGAAGCAUCAUUUAUUUGGGGCAUUGAAUGCAACGCGGUUAUUAUAAUGUCUUAAUUGAUUUUGUUUAGAAGCAAAACUAAUGAUGCAAGGGACACUUUCACUGGAAGUGUGUUAAGGUGUAGACUUCAUUUUAUCAGCAAAGAAUGUCCGACCUGGAAAGUUCCAGUUCAUAUUUUGGUCUGGCUGAUCCGCAGUGGCUAUGUAUGGUCACACUUUUUAUUGCAUCCCUAGUUACCCUGAUACUGUAUUUUGUACAGUAUUUCCAACUAAGGGCAACAGGGUUGGAGAAAAUCGUAGUAGAGGACAAUGCGGCGAAGGAGGAAGCCGCCUCUCUGCUUGGAUGGGCGCUGUCACUGAAUAGUUGGAAACGUCAGUGGAGAGGUGCAUGGUGCAAGGCAUUGAAUUCCAAAUCAAGGGAGACGAGUGGGAGUCCACUUAUUUUGACCUUCGAUGAAGAUGACAUCGAAGCAUCUGAGCUCACCAUCAGCAAAGUGUCCCGCUUUAAGAAAUCGACCAAAAAUAAGACUGCUUCCUGUUGCGUGGUCGGCGAAAAGCUUCAGUUCUCUCUCGGCGUGUCCACAAACACAGCAAUGUCGGCGGAUCCUUGUAAAUACAGAGUAUGCAUAUCCCCGCUGGAGCUGCAGCUUGAGUUACGAUUGCAAGAAGCGGAAGAUCAGGUCGGAGUGAGCUGGGGGAUUUCUCACCUGGAGACAGAAAUGGUGCAAGUGACCCCCAGUUUGAUCCAGCACAACGUCAGCACUUCCUGCGUGGCAGCAGUAAAGGAGCAGUUGAGGCAAGUCCUCUGUGCGACGCAACCUUCUUUGUUAUUGAGCUGCAAGCCUUCUCAGGCCUGUGAGGUCAAGGAACUUUGCAACAAAGUGUUUUCACCCCCCAAACCUCCUCGCGCCCACGACUGGAAGCUGUUGGUGAAAAACAUUCGGGUGACACUCAGUCAGCAGGAAGAUGCUGCUGGCAGCAUAAGUCCUCUGUGUGUACUGCAGUUAGAUGACCCUCCACAAAAAUUUAAUACACCAGCUUUGAAGAACACAGCUAAUCUGGCCUGGGAUCAGCCUUUUGUCUUUGAACUGAAUGGCCGAUCAAAGGAGCUUUUAAUUCUAUUGAUGAAUGAUGGACAAUCUCAAGAAGAUGGCUUUUUGGGACAGGUGUCAGUGCCUUUUGACCUUGUUAGGAAGCAGCCCAAAGGAAAACAAACAUUUCCACUCAUGACCAAAGAUGUAGUGACUGGAUCCCUUACUACUGAUUUGACGUACCUGGAUCCCAGUGAGGUGAGGUCCUGGCAGCCUCCGACCCCCGCCUCCACCAAGAGAGUGGAGAUGGACCGGACCGUCAUGCCCUGUGGCACGGUGGUCACCACCAUCACUGCGGUCAAGAGCAAACCGGGCCGGGUGCUCCCUCCCGGACUAAGCAUUGAUUCUUCACAAAGAGCUUUGACCCUGAAGCCCAAGAUUUCCGAGCGCCGUGUUUCCGAGCAGAUGUCAAUGUUGGGCGCAACGGUUAGCAAGGCCCUGUCUUCUUCAGACACCGAGUUGCUGAUGCUAAACGGCACCGACCCCGUGGCCGAGGCCGCCAUCAAACAACUCCAUCAGUCCGCCAAGCAGAAGCUCAGGUCUCCGGUGAAGAAGAGUACCAUCAUCAUCUCCGGGAUCGCCAAAACACCGUUGUCCCAGGACGACGAGCUGGCUCUGAUGGCGGGCUACGCUGCAGCGAUGGAUGCUUCAAUGUCAGAUGAAAGCUCUUCUCAGGAUAUGACCACGGCCAUUAUGUCAGGGACCAGUAGCCCGCCGGAGGGCUCUGAACACGAGGACGGUCCCAGCGGAGUGGGCCGUCCGCCCGAGACUUGGGAGAGCCACGAUGGAGAGGAUCAAAAUCAUACCUCGCUCUCCAUGUGCGUGUCAGAGGUCAGCUGCAAAAAGAGAAGAGGAAGCUUCCUGAGGAAGAGCGCCAAGUUGUUCUUCCGACGGCGGCACCAGCGCAAGGAGCCUGGAAUGAGCCAGUCGCACAAUGACCUGGUCUACCUGGAGCCUCCUGCCACUGUGGAGCGGGCCAGCAAAACUGCUACCAUCAGCCGCAUCCUCAGCCGUAAAGGCAAAAGCAAAGCGAAUGGUUCCGCUUCCGUUGGGCAGCCUCCCGCGUGACACGUCCCUCUCCUCCUCCCUCAUCGACAACUACCACCUCAAACUUGCCCUCUGUACGUCUUUGGGAUUUUUGUCUUCCAUUGGCUGGCCAGCACAGCGGGGCACCUGCAUUGUUUGUGACAAAAAAAAAAAAAACUCUGCAGAAUAUGAGUCAAUCAUAUCUCAGAGGAUAUUAUUUUGCAUGGUUCCUCAAUUGGGUUUUCUGCAGCCUUCUCAAGGCGCUGGUGUGGCCUUGUUAGCAACUAAUGGGACGGUUGUGGGCCUUCGUCUCUACCUCCCUGACUUUGAAAUAUCAACCAUCCCUGCUGUGAACCGUAUCUUUUAUACGACGGAUCAACAGGACCAACGAUGAACAUGAGAGUGGGCUUGGAGGAUUUGCACACUUUUCACGUAUCUUUUCUAUUUUGAGUGCAAUGACUGUUCCAAAUAUUCACAAAGGGAGAUGAUGCAUUGGUGCAAGGCGGUGGGAGUGACAUGACUACUUCUGGGCACAAAUACUUUUGACGUAUGGUAUUUAAACACGACAUUUGUAUGCAUAUUGUUAUUUCUCUUCACUCUGAGGUCAGUACGUCAGAUGUGAGUGAUUUGCAAGUCCAGUAACAUUUGUAACAUCAAAAUUCGCAUCAGCCGUGCAAUAUCAAAGUCAAUGUCCAAAAUAUCCUAAAUAUAAACUCACCACACUGUUGAUAGGAUAACACAAUGUGUGCAUUUUUUUGUGUGUGUUUUGAACAAUGCAAAUGUAUUGCGUCUUCCCAAAAUAUUUUUCGUGUACACUAAAAUGACCCUUAGUGACUUUCACCCUGCAACUAUGACAUCACACUCAGCUACGUUAUGUUUCACACAACCAGUUUUCUAGUUAGAUCCUCAGCUUCAUGGCCGCAGUACCACACAUAAAACUACUUUUUUAACGUCCGGUAUGUCAGAUGCUGAUUGACAUCCAACUGGUUGUUUUUGCUUUUUGAUGUGAAAGGUGUGUCUGCAGGCUGUUGUAGCUAACUACUGUACCUUCCAUUUGAAUGACUAAGAUGUAAAACGAUAUGCAGUGCUAAGAUUGCCUUACAGUAGCUCUGUGCACAAAUGCGCUCUAGAUGAGAACCUUGACUCAGCUUUUGGCUCCCAUGCCUCAUUAUAAAGCCUAUGCACAGAAAAAAACAGAGACUUCUGCAUUUUAUGCCAUUGAGCAUUUCUUGGAACCCAUUUGCUUUUCUUUGUCCUUAAUUGUGUAGUAUGGCCCUUAUCCGAUUACAGGCUCCUCUUCCAGCAAUGACUCCUGCUUCUUAGAGGUGUUAAAUUUUGCUGUGUCUAGUAACCUGUUUGCACUACGCUACUAUAAACCAUUCAGUAAACAAAAGGGCUGUUGAUUUAUUUGUGUGUGUGGGUGUGGGUAUCUUCUGUUUGCACAGAAACAGAUCAGCUGUACUAAUUCUACAGAAAUAACCUGUCAAAUCAUUAAAUUUUCAGCAAUAAAUACUGAUUGCAUGAUUGGGA